AUAUUUCAAGGAUAGAAUAUUUCUCUGAAAGUCAUUGUCAAAGCUAAAUGUAAUUUGAAGAGACAUUUUUUUUUCCAUUUCACUGAAAAGCAAAUUAUUCUUAUACCAUAAGUUGAAGUGACAAUAUAUAUGUUAUAUUAAAACGGAGAAUUAAUUUUCAUUUUUAUUGUCAAAAAAAAAAAAAAAUUUAUCCAAUAAAAAUAUGAAUGAAAUUUUCGACAAUGGGAAUUCACAAAGAAAAAAACAUUAUUUACGUCAAUUUCUUUCAAUUUUGACAGGUUACAUCUUAUUAAUAGAUGUUGGUGCACAACUUUCUUGGUCAUCGCCAGCACUACCAUAUUUGACGAAUAAAAAAAUUUCCAAAAUUCCAAUAACAGAUGAUCAAGGUGCAUGGAUUGCUUCAAUUGUAUCACUCGCUGGUAUCGCUGGUUAUGUGGUUAAUCCACUUCUAAUGGAUCGAAUAGGACGUAGAUUUACCCUUUUUCUAUUUGCAAUAGCACAUCUUAUUUCUUGGAUAUUAAUUAAUUUUGCCAAUAAUUAUCAUUUUUUAUUAGCAGCAAGAUUUUUUGCUGGCUUUAGUUUUGGUGGUAGCUAUAGUUUUCUUCCACCCUAUAUUGGUGAAAUAACUGAAAAAAAUUUACGUGGUAUGUUUAUUGUUUGUAGUGGCGUUUGUAUGAAUCUUGGUAAUUUUCUCAUUAAUUUACUUGGUGCAUUUCUCAAUUAUGAAACAAUGAAUUUGGUAAUGAUUUCAUUGCCAAUUAUUGCAAUAUGUUUCUUUCCAUUUAUGUUGGAAACACCCUAUUAUUAUUUAAUGAAAAAUCGUGAAGCCGACGCAAUUAGAAUACUUGUAAAAUUAUAUAAAACAGAAAAUGUCAUGAUUGACAUUAAAAGAAUGCGCGAUGCAAUGGAAAAUAAAAAUAAAAGUGUAAAUAGUUUUUUUCUAUUAUUAAAUGAACGUGGUAGUCGAAAUGCACUUAUUAUUAUUAUUUUGGCAAAUUUAACAUUAGCAUUUAGUGGUUUAGUUGCGAUACAAACAUAUGCUCAAUCAAUUUUUCAACAAAGUGGCUCAACAUUAGAUGCAAAAUAUGCGGCAAUGAUAAUUGCUAGUGUACAAAUAUUUUCACGAUUACCAUCAGCUCAAUUAAUUGAUAAAUGGGGUAGAAGACCGGUUUAUUUAUUUUCUGGUAUAACAUCAGGAUUAUUUUUAUCAUUGGUGGCAUUAUAUUUUUUUCUAAAAGAUUAUCUUAUAAUUGAUGUUGAAUUUAUAAAUUGGCUACCAUUGGCUGGCUUAAUUUUAUAUCAGUUUAUGAAUAAUGCUGGUAUUUAUACAUUACCAAAUGUUUUUAGUGGUGAACUUUUUUCAGUUAAUGUAAAAGGCGCUGCUAUAAUGAUCGCGUCAAUUGUUAUGGCAAUUUCUUUUUUUAUUACAAAAAUGAUGAUACCCCUGUUGAAUAAUUCAUUGGGUAUUUAUACGACAUUUUGGAUAUUUUCCAUUGUCUGUUUUAUUGGACCAAUUAUUAUUGUUUUCAUUACACCCGAGACUAAGGGUAAAAAUUUGGAGGAAGUUUUAGAAUUAAUGAGCAAAAGAUGAUGUAUAUAAAAUUUUUUUUAACUUUCGAAUGUGGUUUUUGGAAGCAUGAAUGUUUUUUUUUUUUUUUUGGGAAAAAUUUUAUUUAAUUUUAUAAAAAAAAGUAUUAUUAAUUCUUCUCUAGAAUUAAAAGAAAGAAAUAAAAAAUUAUUGUAAAUUUAGUCAUUUUCAGAAUUCAGAAUAGAAAUGACUGAAUUUUUAUUAUUUUUAAUUAAAAAAAUGCAAUUUUAUAAAAUUUUUUAGGAAAGAUUAUUUGUAUUUUAGAAAAUUAGUUUUCUUUUUAUACUCAUUAAUAUUGUACAAAGAUUAUGUUUUGAUACGUUUUGUAGAAAAAAAAAUAAAUAUAAUUUAAUUUUAAA